UUUUUCAAAUAUUUUUAAUAAUGGCUGCUCUAAGCACACUUGUUGAAUUAAUGGCUAGAGCUACAGCUACAGUUUUCUCUCAAGUAUAUACAAAUGCCUUAGAAAAAGCACAACAACAACACCAUCAACAGCAAUUAAAUCUGCAAUCUCAACAAGCUCUUGCUGCAUUUCCAAUGUUCCCAGCUUUUAUGGCUUCUGUUUCUAUCCCACAAACAAUGCCAUGUAUAUCACCAAUUUCACAACACCAACAGCAACACCAAAUAAGACCUUUACCCAUUGAAAUGCCAAACAACACUAGUACAAAUAAUAUUCUAAUCCCUUCAAAAGUACAUCCCCAACAACCCCAAAAUUUAUCCGAAAAUGGUUGCUCAACAACUAAACCCAAUAGAAAAAGGAAAAGAUCAAAAACCGCUGGUAAUGUUGAGGGAACACCUCCAAUAAAACAACAAAUAUUACAAGAAGUUGAAAUCAAACAGCCAAAUAAUCAACAUCAAUUACCCCCAAUAGAACAACAACAAUCUUCUUCAAGUACAUCCCCUCCUUCCACUAGUCGAAUAAGUUCACCAGAUUCUAAUUCAAUUGUUCAUAAAGGAAGAAAAUUGAAAUUGUAUGCGGCGGAAGAAAAAACAGAUAUAAUAGAUUAUGCAAAAUGUAUAGGAAAUAGAGCUGCUGGAAGAGAAUUUAAUGUAGCCGAAUCUUCAAUUAGAGAAUGGCGUAAAAAUGAAGAAAAAAUUAGAAAACAGGCUGAAACAACUGCUGGGUGUACCCAACAUUUUGAAAAAAAUCGGGGUGAAAUUCUGACAAGGAUUGAUGAUGAAUUGGUAAAAAUGCUCAAUUCAAAAGAUAAACGUUGUACGACUUGGUAUGGAAUUGCAGAACAAGUAACCUCUUUAUGGGAAGAAAUCACAAAAGAAUUAAAUAUUGAAAUUAGUGAAAUGAAGAUUACAAUGGGUUGGAUCUCAAGAUUUAUGAGGCGUAAUGAACAUCGUGUCCCAAAAGUUACCCCACCUAUUAUUGCAACAUCAAGCGCUACAAAUGGAACUUCAACUGUUGCAUCACCAAGUAUGAUAACUCGAAAAAAUAAUGUUGCUGUAUCUUCGACUGUGGUUAGUUUUAGAAAAAAAAUUCUAAAAAUUUGUGAACCCCAAAAAAUUCCCAAAAAAAUUUUUAACUAAAAAUCAGUAUUGUUUUACUAUACCCCAAAAAUAUCCCAUUUUACGUCCCCGAAAAAAUCGCUGUUAACAGCUACAAAAAAUCCCAAUUUACACCCAUCGAUAAAUCCCAUUUUACAGUCCCCAAAAAUCCCAUUUACACCCUCAAUAACUCCAAUUUUACAGUCCCCAAAAAUCCCAUUUCUACACCCUUGAUAAAUCCCAUUUUAUAGCCCCUAAAAAUCCAAUUUACAACCCAUAAAAACCUCAUUUACAUCCCCGAAAAUCCCAUUUUACACCCUCCAAAAAAUCCCUCUUUUCACACCUCAAAAAAUUUUUUCAGCAACCAAUCGAAACUAGAGCAAAAGCAAGAAGUAAAGCAUCUACAUCUUCAAAUAAUUCCAAAUUAAAACAAGAAAAAACAACAGAAGAUAAUAACAAAAAUAUAAAUGAAUCAUCAUGUUCAAGAAGGAAACGCUUUAGACCUAUUCGG